AUGGCAACUAGUAGUAAAAAUUCACCUGGUCAUGAAUCAGUUGUUAUAGACAAUGAUGAAGGAAUAAAUACUGAGAGUAAUCGAACGACUACUCAUAUCAAAAGUAAAGUUGUUAUUUCGAAGAAUAAUGAAUGUGUUCUUAUUGAAAAAGGUGUUAAAGGUAGUUUUGUUACCGUUAAUCGAUUUAAACACUUUGGUUUUAUCAAGCGGUAAUUAUGAUCCUUUUUUUUGGUAUUUAAUUUCAUUUGUUUUCCAGUAAAGAUAAAACUGAAUGGUCUGGUAUUUUCGCACGAGAAGCUUCAAUAAUUGAUCAGGUUCGUCCAAAGAAAUUUUUUGUGGCUGACACCUGCAGAUUUGAUAUUAUGAAAAGUGAGUUAUUUAACUCUAGUCAUAAUAUAAAUAAAUAAUAUCUCCUUGUCCUACAGCUCCUCGUGGUUAUGAAGCUAUCAACAUUAAUAUUAUCGAGAGAAAUAUCAAUUUCAUUCGUAAGUUACCUAAAAUUCCGAAGAAAUAAAACGACAUAUUAAUGAAGUUAUAACUAUUUCAAAAGGAUUUUGUGAAAAUAUAAUUGUCGUUGGUGAUUUUAAUAUAAAUUUGAAGAUCAAAAUCAAUAACAAAUUUAUUGAAUAUAUGGAAUCAUUCGGACUUAGUUUGAAUAAUAUACUAAAUAGAGAUUCAACUAAUGCAAAAACGCAGAUUGACUACUGCUUCACUAAUGUGUAAGACUUAAAAUCUGAUUAUUUUGAAAGCCUUACAAGUUUUCAUAAACCAAUAUGGAUAAGAAAACAUAAAGUUUUAACUAAGUUUCAUUUUGAUGAAACCGAAGAUAUUCAUACAAAUGUACCUUUUAAUAUCGAAGAUAUUAUAACUGAUGAUCAAUCUGACACGAUGGAAGUCGAUGAGAAAUUUGUUUUUGAAUGAGUGAUGAAAUA